AGAGAGAGAGAGAGAGAGAGAGGGACUUCUGGUGUUAUUGAUCCCGGUUCGUCACGAGGCUGAACGGGACGAGAUUUCCGUGGCGUCAAGUGCCCAGCCUUGUCCUUUCCGCUCCGACGUCAGCGGCAGCGGGCAGAAACGGCUCAAUGGGCAGUUGUUGGAGAGUCUCUAGAACAUACUCUCACCCAGGUCUAGAUCCAAUGCUCACAUGAGCAACAGACACGCAAACCACGUUACUUAAUAAUUCACUCUUCUCAAUCAUAGUCACGAUAUAGCCACUCUUCAAGCACCCUUGAAUCUUGGACUAGCGGCCUGCAGUGCAUACAAAAAUGAUCUUCGCCGCCAAUUGAUCCGCGACUCUCCGUCCCGCCUCUAACUGCGAAGUACCUUUUACUAUUCCUCCCCGACCUACAAGUCCCACAGUCACCGUUCACGAUACAGAAGCCGCCCAAAAUGACGACGCCGAACCGUGAUCUUCCUGCCACCUCUCCUCCCUCUUCCGCCGUGUCUCCGCGAUCGAGUAUGGACACGGUAUCACCGGCCAGUAGAACUCCGUCAUUGCGCAUUCCACCCUCCAUGUCCAGCGCAGCUGCUCAACACCGUCAGAGCUUCAAUGAACUCAGAGGACAUCCUCCUUCGCCUCGCUCGUCGAGACAAUCUUCCAUGUCGUCAUCGGCUGUGCAAGAUCUAAUAGACAACCCUCCAGCGAGACAGCCAGACCCUAGGUUUGCUGGACGCGAAUGGACAACAAUUAAAGUCAACGAGCUGGUCAAUGCCGACGACCUGAGGUUUGUGGACAUUGACACGGGCGUGGAAGCAGCUACAAAGGUCCUCGUUGAGUCCGGUGUCCCUGUUGUCCUCAUCCGCGAGAAGGCGGGUUCUCCUGUGAUCGGAACCUAUGAUUACCGAGACCUCAAUGCCUACCUGUUGCUAGUCGUCGGACUGGCUCACCCAGAUGAUGAACACGCCGAGGAUUUUGAACAGGUGGCGCAGCGGGCACGAGAAGGCAAAGCCAUUCAUCUACGAGACAUCAAAGACAUCAGCAAGAAAGAGCCGUUGACCUUCUUGAGCAAGGAGGCAAAUCUACUUCAGGCUAUUGAGACAUUUGGCAAGGGUGUCCAUCGAGUGGUGGUAAUCGACGAAUCUACACAAGAAGCCACGGGAGUACUGAGCCAGAGCAUGCUGAUCAGAUUCCUAUGGGAGAAUGGCAGAAGCUUCCCCGUCCUUGAUCAGUUGUUUACUCAGCAUCUUCGCGAUCUCAAGAUCGGGUCCAACGAUGUCGUAGCUAUCAACGGCGAUCAACCUCUCGCGGCAGCUCUCACGCUUCUCUUGAACGAGGGCGUGUCUUCUUUACCCGUCAUCGACCACAACCAAAAUGUUAUCGGCAACAUCUCCAACGUCGACGUCCGACUACUCACCAAGUCCUCCUCUCUACCUCUGCUGAAGAACACUUGCAUCCACUUCAUCUCCGUCAUCCUGUCCACCCGCGGUAUGUACGAGGGCAAAGACUCUUUCCCGGUCUUCCACGUCACUCCUCUUUCUACACUUGCACAUACCGUCGCCAAACUUGUGGCCACGAAAUCUCACCGCAUGUGGAUCACCGAGCCUGUGUCACCUAGCUCUUCGGGUCCGCCAACGCCAUCCCUACAAUCUGCGACACUUGUUCCAACAUCGAGCCACUCUUCUUCAGUGUCCUCAUCAUAUGCCACAACUCCAUCCGCCACAUCUACACCCUCCGACCCUUCUGGAACCACGGUUGUUGACUCCUCGCCAAAGACACCUUUCAUCGCCCCUUCAGGGCCCAGCGUCUCGGCUUCAUCAUUGCCAGGCGCACGCAUCUCAGGACGUCUCGUCGGUGUGGUGAGUUUGACGGAUAUCCUGGUUUUGUUUGCUCGCGCGGGUGGUUUGACCUCCGCGGUGGACCCGAAUGAGCUGCGCAUGCGACGAAGACGGAGCAGUUCCAGCAGUGUGCGCAAGAGUUUCGACAAUGGUUCUAGACCGAUGCAAGGCUCCAACUUGAGGCCAUAGCCCUCAGGCGACUCGUCAAGGAAGCCUACAGGUUGAACAGGAAAGAUGGCACGACCGAAGAUAUCGUAUGGCACUUGUUACUUGGAGACAAGAAUGGCUAGGAGACAGCACGAGGUGGGUUCCACGAAUUACCCCAGACUGGAGCUCGCAACCGUCGUGGCGGACAUUCUUUCGGGGUCUGUGUCGACUGAACUGGCUGGUGCGCGAGGCAUAGAGUCAACCCCUGGGCGAUCGUGAUUCAGAUCUUCUUUUUUCUUAGCAAGAAAGCCUGACAAUUGAUAUUUCAAUAGUUUGGCGUCCGGGGAAUUCGAAUUCGGACACUUGACUCGCCAUAUGGGCCAUCGAAGGAACACGGCUGUCCAAUACAUAGCCUUUAGAUACCCCUUUUUACUCCAGGUUACUGUACGUCGUACCUAGGAAAUUCGUGGACAAAAGACGUCGACCAAGUUACCUUAGAUCAAGAAUUUCCUUGUUCGAUCCACUCUCCCUUCGGUCUUUGAGACUUUAUUUGAUUUUUACCCAGAUCACGCUAUCACGCUAUCUACAAGUACAGUGCAAGUACAGGUGCAAGUGCAAGUAUAAGUAGUGCUCCUUUGGACGAGCCUUGUUGGAUUUUCGAGGCUAACGGUGCUGUACUCAUAUUUUGACCUGGUCUUGAAGUUUGAGUCUGAAGUGUCAAGUCUGAAACGCUGCAGUCCUGAAGUCUUUCCGUUCUUCUCUACUUACUCACACUUGUGAAUACUAUACAUUCGAAUGAAUGACAACAGUGCCUGAUGCGAAUACCUAAGGUAGGGACCGGAUCUAACUUACGGUGGACGACGAUGGCGAGCGUUUUGCCCAACGGUACUCUUUGACUCCGAAAAAGGACCAUAAGAGAAGGGGAAGCAGAU